AUGGCUGGUCUGAACGUGUCUCUCUUGUUCUUCUUGGCCACCAUUGCCCUGUGCCAGGCGGCCAGGAGGGCGGCCAAGGCCCUGCUCCCCAAAGGUGCCUACGUCAGCUUCGCCCUGGAGGCGGCAGGCGCGGCCCAGCUGGGGGCCUGCUGCCUGGAGAUGCGGAUGCUGGCAGAGCUGGGCCCCUGGGCCGGGGGCUUCGGGCCCGACCUGCUGCUGACCCUGCUGUUCCUGCUCUUCCUGGCACACGGGGCCACCUUCGACGGGGCCUCGGCCAACCCCACGGUGUCCCUGCAGGAGCUCCUCCUGGCUGAGGCCUCUCUGCCCCGCACUCUGCUCAAGCUGGCGGCCCAGGGGCUGGGCAUGCAGGCGGCCUGCGCCCUGACCCGGCUCUACUGGGCCUGCGAGCUCAGCGACCUGCACGUCCUGCAGAACCUCAUGGCCGAACACUGCAGCUCGGCCCUGCGCACGACCGUCGCCCAUGGCGCGCUGGUGGAAGGUGCCUGCGCCUUCGUCUUCCAUCUGGCCCUCCUCCGCCUCAGGAAUAGCCUUUCUGUCUACAGAGUGCCAGCCGUAGCCCUGCUAGUCACCGUCAGCGCCUACACAGCUGGACCCCUCACAUCUGCUUUCUUCAACCCCACCCUGGCCGCCUCAGUUACCUUCCACUGCUCAGGGCACACCUUGCUGGAGUAUGCCCAGGUGUACUGGCUGGGCCCUCUGACAGGGAUGGUGCUGGCCAUCCUGCUGUACCACGGCCACCUUCCCCGCCUUUUCCAGAGGAACCUGCUGUACGGUCAGAAGAACAAGUAUCGAACCCCCAAAGGGAAGCCAGCCCCGGGGCCUGAAGGCCCCCAGACACCCACAGAGGGCUGCAGAGGCCAGGAGCCCGGGCAGAGGCGGGCGAGGCAGCAGCCACUGGGCUCCCUGUGGAGCUCCAUGUGGAGGCCAGGCCCCUGGCUGAGGGGCACGAAACCUGCCCCCACUGCCUCCCCAGAAACCAUCCGUCAAUAA